UUUAAUAAUUAUUCUAAUGUAAAUAAUAUAUUAAAUAAUGUAUAAAAAAAUUUGAAUAUGUUGUGCACUGUAUGUAACAAGUACUAUUCUAUAGAUGAUAUAAGUGAUCACAUUAAUUUGUCUGUUUCCUCGAUUAAUACAAAAGAAACAUCGUCAAGACCAAAUUUCCUUAUGAGGAAGCUAAUUAAAGAAGGCCACCAAAGAAACACAAAGCAGUGACAAAUAUAACAAGUCUGAAUCAAAGGAAAACCAUGUCGAACAAAGAACAUGUUCCUCUUGCUGAAAAAAUGAGACCUGCAUGUCUGGAUGACUACAUAGGUCAAGAACAAGUCGUUGGUUCUAAUACAGUAUUACAACAGUUACUAACAAAAGGACAUAUUCCCAGCAUAAUACUUUGGGGUCCACCAGGAUGUGGAAAGACAUCUUUAGCUAAUAUAAUAGCAAAGUUAUGUAAAAGAAUAUAUGGAGAUAAAGUGCAUAUUUCAAAAUUGUCUGCAACAUCCUCUGGUGUGGGUAAUAUAAGAGAUAUUGUUAGUGCAUCGAAAGAUGGAUUAAAGUCAAACCAUCAAACUAUUGUAUUUAUGGAUGAAAUACAUCGUUUUAAUAAGCUCCAACAAGAUAUUUUUUUACCACAUGUUGAAGCAGGCACACUCACAUUAAUUGGCACAACUACAGAGAAUCCAUCUUAUAGUUUAAAUUCUGCUUUGUUAAGUAGAUGUCGUGUAUUUGCCUUAAAUAAAUUAACAGAGCCAAAUAUUGUGGAAAUACUUUGUAAAGCAAUUACAUCUAUUAAUGGAGAAAUAUAUAAUUUAAAAAAGACUAGUUUGUCAAGUAAUUCACAAAAUAAAUUAAGUUGUAGUUCUAAGCCACAUUUUUCUAUCAAUAAAACAGUAAUUGACUGGUUAGCAGAAGUAUGCAAUGGAGAUGCACGUGUAGCAUUAAAUGGCUUAGAGCUAGCAGUUAGAACCAAAGUAUCAAACGAACCAAAUCUUUCUGAUCUAGUACCGAUAACCCUUGAAGAUAUUAAAGAAAGUCUUAAGCAUGCACAUAUGUUAUCUGAUAAGCAAACUAACAAUACACAUCACUUAUAUUCAGCACUACAUAAAUCGAUAAAAGCUAGUAAUCAAAAUGCAUCGUUAUAUUGGCUAGCAAGAAUUAUGGCAAUUAAAGAAAAUCCUGUGGAUAUAGCAAGAAGAUUGGUAAGAAUAUCCAGUGAAGAAGUUGGUUUAGCAGAUCCUGAUGCUUUAGGCAUUGCUGUUCAUACUCUGCAUGGAUGCCAAAUGAUUGGAAUGCCAGAAUGUGAUGUUAUUUUAGCACAAUGUGUUGUAUACUUAACUAGAGCACCAAAAUCUAGGCUUGUAUAUAAUGCAUUAAAGUCAGCCGAAAAUAUUAUUAUGAAUCAUAAAGGUCCACAACCUACAGUACCAUUACAUAUUAGAGACAGAUCAGGACAACAAAAACUUCAUUCUAGUUUUGGGUACAAAGAAGAAAACAUAUUACGAAAAGAGGAAACUGUAAAAACUCGCUUACCACCUGGUCUGCAGCAUGUUGACUUCUUUCUGGAAGAUUUCUAAGUCCUUUACUCCUUCAAAGGCAGCUUAAUCCCAAAGGCACGUUUAGG